CACCAUUCCAUUGGUAACUCCAGCUCCAUGCCGAGUCUUCAAAACCAAGUGUGUAGAGGCGAGUACAAAAGCUUAUUUAGUGAGGCAUAUAUUAUAACUAUUUUUUUGUUUUAAAGUAUUUAAAUAAAAUUUAGAUUAGUCACUUACAAGUAAAAUAAAGAUGAUAGUAGGCAGUGCCACAUGCAUACUCCACCUGCCUUUCGCCACUGCCUGCAUGCAUGCCAUAAUCAAAAUAUUCAUGCAUAUUUCCAGAGUAUCAAAAUUCAUGUUUUUAGUUGAAGUUCUUAAACGCAACAUUAUUUGAAAAAUUCUCAAAGAAGAAUGCGCAGUUAGUAGAUAAAUAUAGAUGGACACCUUUUUUUUAUUAUUCCCAGUCACAACAGAUAAGUCAUAAGUGUUGUCACAUUCAACAAGUUGCCCCUUACCUAUUAUAACGAGCCAUAUGACUAAUGUUUUGGAGAACAGUUCCGGAUUUUGUAUUAUAACCGGCAAACACAAAAAUGAAAUAAACACACACAUUUAAGUAUUUUCUUCUUACCCUCACCAGUCACCACACUGGUCCUUCCUUUCAAGCACUUAGGUACUUUCCAUUUAUGUUUUUAAAAAGAGUGAACGUCAUCUAAAUGACCUUUGAUUGAGUGUGCCACAUAAUAUACCAGUGUGUCAGUGGCUACAGAGACUUAGCAUUAGAUAUUUCAAGACAAAAAUAAUCAUUUGCUUAGGAGUAAACGGAGUGAAUAUGAUCUUAGAAAAUGUGUAUUAAAUCAGAGUUAUGGAAAUGACCUUCUUUUUGUGUGUGUGUGUGUGUGUGUGUGUGUCAGCAACCUGCAUUCUGCCUCUUUUUCUGAUCAAAUUAAUAAAUAUGGAUUGCACGAUGAGUCCUUUUGACAAAAUCUUAUAUAAAUUCUGUCAAUAUCACAACAAUGUUUGGAAUUAAUCAACAAUCCACUAGUUUAAUGCUCUCAAACAAGCAAGAAGAGAUCCAAUAUAACUUCGUAUAGAACAAAUCAUUCUAUCAUCAUUGAAUCAUUUUAUUUUAUAUCUUGAAGAUGUUCGGUACAACGUUCUCAAGAUAUAUGUUCUCCGGUAUUUCGCAGGAUGAGUUCGCUGGAUGGUACAUGGAGCUAUCCAUCACUGCUAGAUUGGUGGUUUACAUUACAUUUUUGGGUACAAUUAAUCCAUUAUAGUUAUAUAACGUAUGCUAAUGUAAAGCUAACUUGCUUUUUCUUAUUGUAAUUGUGUUCUUAGGGACUAUAAUGUUCCUUAUUUUUUUGAUACUGAAAUUCCUGAGCGAUUGUGACAUGGAAGAUGACAUGGAGACGUUACCAGUGGUGGCAGGAGAAGAAGUCACCGGUUGGACUCCGUUGGUCAACGAGACGUCGGAAGUAACGGGGAAAGGUGAUCUGGAAAGGGCGUCGUUCAGCUCGGCGGAUGAUGUGGACUACUCGACAUUGUGUGUCAUAUGUUUCGAGGAACGGAGAAACUGUUUCUUUGUACCGUGCGGUCACUCUGCCACUUGUCGCGGCUGUGCUGAGAAGAUUAUGUCGGAAGAAAACAAGGUGUGUCCGAUUUGCAGGAGGGUGAUACGCAAGGCUAAGAGAUUAGUUCUUAAGUGUUGAACGUUGUUGCUUUUACUAGCCACAUUUUGUCUCAUGAUCCCAAGCAAAGUUUGUAAUCAUCAUGUGUUUUUAAUCUUUCACUACAUUUACUUUGAAGAAAAAUCAACUAUGUUUGCAAUAGAAAGAAGGCUAUAGAUUUAAACCAUUUUAGAACAUUGUUCUUUCUUUGAGAUGAGAACAUAGUCGGAAGGCCACAUACAGUUUUGUAGUCCCAUUGAAAUCUUCGUAUUGCUUUAUUUGUUUUUUUAAUCAUAAAUGCAUUAUCCAGGUUGAAUUCAGAUAAUGACACAUUAACAACAUUGUGACAAACUACUAGAUUACAUGUCGUGUUAUGUUUUUUGCUCUAUAGAGCGAUUAACUUUAUAAACAUAUAUAUCUUCACUAAUUGCCAAGUAUGAACCAUAAAGAAAAUUUGAAAAGCCCUUUCUCAAAAACAAAAGAAAGAAAAAUUGAAAUAAAAUUAUAAUCCGCUCACAUGACACAACUAUGAGUAGGAAAACAUGAUUGCAAAUACACAAAUCUCCAUCAUCUCCUUUAAACCAUUAAUCUAAGCAACUGACACGAAUUACCAUUCUCGAAAUUACCUUUGCUGAUGCUAAGAGCCUUAUAGUCCUCUUCCUUGAAUAAUUCAUUUUGAUGGUUUUUUCUCCUGCUUGCUAAAUUUUAUAGCCUGAUUAAGAACCAAACUGUACGUUAUUGGAUGUAACAUUCAU